CUUCAGAGUGACAGACUGGAGCCGGACUCAAGCCGGGAGUUGUGCACCUUUCACCUUUUUUGGAAAACUUUUCCCUUCCAAAAUAACCCAGGCCAUACAGUUUAAAUUCCCAUUAGCAGAUUUCUGGAGACAUGGCCUCUGAACAUAUUAAUGGAAAUGGUACAGAAGAACCCACGGAUCCCUCUGCUGCAGUUACCCAUUCUGAACACUUCCAGACUUUAUUAGAAGCUGGUUUACCACAGAAAGUUGCUGAAAAGCUAGACGAAAUUUACAUAGCAGGUUUGUUAGCGCACAAAGACCUAGAUGAGAGGGCGAUCGAGGCAUUGAAAGAGUUUAAUGAAGACGGCGCCCUGCAAGUUCUGCAGCAGUUCAAGGACAGCGACCUCUCGCAUGUUCAGAACAAAAGUGCCUUUCUCUGCGGAGUGAUGAAGACCUACAGACAGAGGGAGAAACAGGGGACCAAAGUGUCAGAUUCCAAUAAAGGACCAGAUGAAGCGAAAGUAAAGGCACUCCUGGAGAGGACCAGCUACACACUCGAUGUAACGACAGGUCAGCGGAAGUACGGAGGGCCCCCUCCGCAGUCGGUCUAUUCGGGAGCCCAGCCCACCAUUGGCACUGAGAUUUUCGUGGGGAAGAUCCCACGGGAUUUGUUUGAGGAUGAGCUGGUGCCGCUGUUUGACAAGGCGGGGCCAAUCUGGGACCUGCGCCUUAUGAUGGACCCUCUCAGCGGUCUGAACAGGGGAUACGCGUUCGUCACGUUCUGCACUAAAGACGCAGCUCAGGAGGCGGUGAAGCUGUGUAAUAACAGUGAAAUUCGGCCUGGGAAGCACAUCGGCGUGUGCAUUUCUGUGGCCAAUAACAGACUUUUUGUGGGCUCCAUCCCCAAGAGCAAAACAAAAGAACAGAUUGUUGAGGAGUUUGCCAAAGUCACAGAGGGUCUUAACGAUGUCAUACUGUACCAUCAGCCGGACGACAAAAAAAAGAACAGAGGUUUCUGCUUCCUGGAAUACGAAGACCACAAAUCCGCCGCCAUGGCGCGGCGCCGGCUGAUGAGCGGCAAGGUGAAGGUGUGGGGGAACGUGACCGUGACAGUGGAGUGGGCCGACCCCAUCGAGGACCCUGAUCCGGAGGUCAUGGCCAAGGUCAAAGUUUUAUUUGUCCGAAACCUAGCAAGUACUGUAACGGAAGAAAUACUUGAAAAGACCUUUACACAGUUUGGAAAGUUGGAGCGGGUGAAGAAGCUGAAGGAUUACGCCUUCAUUCACUUCAACGACAGGGACGGAGCAGUGAAGGCAUUGGCUGAAAUGAACGGCAAAGACCUGGAAGGCGAACACAUAGAAAUAGUGUUUGCGAAGCCCCCAGACCAGAAGAGGAAGGAGCGCAAGGCCCAAAGGCAGGCCGCCAAAACGCAAAUGUAUGAUGAUUAUUAUUACUACGCCCCCCCGCACAUGCCUCCCUCCUCAAGAGGCAGAGGGCGGGGAGGCAGGGGUAGCUACUCCUACGCCCCCGAUUACUACGGCUACGGGGACUACGACUACUACUACGACUACGACUACCACAAUUACCGCGGCGGCUACGAAGACCCCUACUACGGCUACGACGACUAUCAGGCCCCUGCCAGAGGCCGAGGCGGCGGCCGGGGAGGGCGGGCACCGGCCCUCGCCCGCGGCAGGGGGGCAACGGUGUCCCAGAGGGGUAGGGCCGGCUUCUCGCAGCGAGGGGGCCCCGGAUCGAGCAGAGGACCGCGAGGGGCCAGAGGAGGCGCUCCGACAAGGGGCCGCGGGGUACGUGGUGCGCGCAGCGACCGCGGCGGAAAUGUAGGAGGCAAGCGCAAAUUUGACGGGUACAACCAGCCAGAUUCCAAGCGGCACCAGACCAGUAAUCAGAACUGGGGCUCUCAACCCAUAGCCCAGCAACCCCUGCAAGGUGGUGAUCAUUCUGAUAACCAUGGUUACAAAUCUGACAACCAGGAUUUUUAUCAGGAUCACUUUGGGCAGCAGUGGAAGUAGAAUGAGUGCAGUAAGGCUUUGAUUGCAGAGAAUGUUUUUUAUAGAGACUCGGGUGAUUGAUGGCCGCAAACAAUGGCUUCCAGAUCUUGAAUGGUUGCCUUUUUUCCCCUCUGUUUUUAUUUUUAUAAAAUGGUGUCAUCUGGCAAGAUUUCACUCGUGUAUAUAUAUUUUUAACAAUCCGCUUGGACUUGAACACUAGUUACACUCCCACCUGCUUCUGGCAAACUUGUUUUCUUUGAGAACUAAAAAGAAAGUUUACGCAGUUUGUUUUUUGGAAGACAAGCCAAGCUUUCAUCAAGUUUUGAAAUUUGGAGAUUUGCAAUUAUGUGCUUAAGUCACAUCUAUUUAACUAUAGUGUUAUGUAUAUAUGUAUAUAAUUUUGCUCUCCAUGUCUUGGAAGUAAGUUAACACUUGUUUCCUUAUUUGUAUUUGUAUGUUGAAAAACAUUGCACCGCUAUAAAAUAACAUUUGGUUUUUAAAUUAUUGCCAUUGGUCCUAGUUUUGGCUUCAUAUUUUGGCUUGUAUUCUUUGUUGUUUGUCUGCUUUAAUAAAAGUACACACAACCAUGUAACAAAUUUCAAAUUGUGUUUCAAAUGUUUUGGCAAAUUUUCUCCUCAAAUUGCGUUCAAAUUUAAGGUUCCAUGUGGAAGAAUUGGACAAAAAAGGUUUGCUUAUUCUAGUUACAUGCUGCAAUGUCACUUAGCAUGCUAUCAAAAAAUUAUGUAGACCUCUUCAAUUCAUGUAGUGGAAGUGAGUUGGCAUUUCCUUUUUAACUGUUCUGAUUAAAUGUAUAUAGCUACGCACCUCAUUGUUUGCUGUCCAUAUUUUACUUUUGUUUAAGUACAGAUCACCAUUGUGUUCUGGGGAGGUGCAAACUCUAAAUUAACCGUAAUCGCGCAAUCCCAUAGUAGACUAAACACUUAUUAUUUACUAAAUUAUUAUACACUAAAUUAUUUUGUAUAAUUUGGCUUACAUUCAAUCCCACUAAAUGUGCACAGUUUACAUUUUAAGAGAUUUUAAUGAUUAAAGCCACUUUUAAAACAUUUAACAAUUGGUAGUUGUCACGAGAAAGCACAAUUUGAUUUUCACAAUGGGCUUUUUUAUGGCUUUGAAACCCAGGUUUGGGUUAACUGCUGUUGUGCAUGCUGCCUGCCAUGCCUGCUGUUUUAAAAUGACAAAUUGAGCUAUUCCUUCAGCAAGACUUGAUUCUUUAUGCAUGCAAUUCCACAAUUUCUGCUUUUUUUGGGGGUUUUUUUAAGAGCAAAGGGGCAUGUUGCUUUUGUUGGCCAAACACCCUGCUUCCCUCUGUGAUGUCCGGUGCAGUGAAACCAUGUCCAAAAAGCAUUUAGAUUUGUUUGUGCAUGUGACAUGUGGGGGUGUAGUGGCGCUUGGAGGAACGGUAGUUGAACUUUUUAUGAUGGCCAUAUUCUUUGGGCG